UCCAUCCUGAGAUGCUGGAGGACUGAAACUCAGACUCAGCAAUUUCUAGCUCCUUGCCUGGGCAUUGAUCACCAUGGGGAGUGUGUUCCUAACAGAGGACAAAGCUAACUCUGUUUUAAAAAGAUACCCAAGAGCCAAUGUAUUUUUAGAAGAGAUAAGGCAAGGGAACAUAGAACGUGAAUGCAAAGAAGAAGCCUGUAGCUAUGAGGAAGCAAGAGAAGCUUUUGAAAAUGAUGAAAAGACAAGGGAAUUCUGGAAAGACUACACAAAUGGAGUUCAGGGAGAAAGUAACACUGGACAUAACUGGUAUUCAUUUUACCUUGCAUUUCCAUUAAUCAUUGGCCUUUUUGUUAUCCUCAUUGUCGCUUUUGUCGUGUGGAGAUGCCUGUUUAAAAAGAAAAUUCGUAGACAGUCUGCAUACUUGCAUAGGGAAGCACAUGAAGCCAUUGGUGAUAGUGCUGUGGCUGCUGGUAGAAGUCCUCUCCCCCAGCCUCUCAGCAUUGUUCAUUCCCCACAGGAAGAAAUGUAUGAAGGCAGUGGUCUGUCACCGGGAUUUCUGAGCUAUGCAGAUGGAUGGUCAGACUCAAUAUCAACAAGACUGUCAAAUGGUGACCCUCCCCCUUCAUAUGAGGAAGCCACUGGGGAAACCAGCAUAAGAAGAAGUGAAACUGAGCAUCACUUAGAUCCACCCCCACAGUACGAAGACAUUAUAAACUCCAGCUCAUACAAUGCGAUUGCAAUGACUCAUGUUGUUACCAGUGUUAAGUAAACAGGAGGAAUACUACCAGCUUUUUAACUACUAAGAGAACUUUGUAGCACUUUAUUGCAGCUUAUCCAUAUAUAUAAUUUAAUGGACUCAUAAGGUGUACCUCUUCUCUGUUGGGUUUCCUCGAUUCAUUUUUUCCAUGCCAGUUUUGAAGUUUGGGAAUCUGUACUGACAGCAUGGAGCAGGUACAAAUGUGGUUCAUACUGCCCAUACCCCAUUUUCAGGAAAGCCAUUUAAUCUGAAUGAUGUCAGUGUUGCAUACAGACUUAGUGUCUCCUCCCUUCUGGUGCUGAAAAUUGUCAGAAAUAAAGAAUCUAUAAACAGAAAUUGUAGAAAAAAUAUUUCUUGCUAUAGGGGCAAAUUUUAUGGCAUCUCAAGUUUCUUGCUCGAGUAUUUUUUUCCCUUUCAUUUAGAGUUUUUGUUACAAAUUUCAUUGUACAUUUCAGCCUUAGACUACUGAGAAUAAUAUGCCAUUGUGUGGCCAACCAAAAACAACAGGGUAUCCUAGCUUGACUAUGAUACUUCCACAGCCCUACUAUUAUUAGAGGGAUUGCAUUAACUGAUGAAUUUUGGAACAUGGUGUCAACUACUUGCAGAGAAGCAAAAAGUUAAGUGAUAGUUGCAAUUAGAAAAGAGCCUGCUUUUCCUUAUCCUUCCUUGUUGUCCUGUUUGUCACAGUGCAGUCUAGAAAAAAUAUGCAGGUACUAACUUUAGUACUUGAAAAUAUAGACGGGAAUUAAUAAUCAACAAGUGCUAAAGAUACCAGCUAAAAUCCUGGCAUCCUGGAAUCCCAUUCCAAAACUGCCUCUAACUUUAUUAGGGCCAGGAUUUCGUCUAUAGUUUGUAAAAUUAAUUGCUGUAAGGGCAGGGGGCUGGUUGCUAGGAAAUAAAUGGAGGCAGGAGGGCCUUACUAGCCAUCAGUUGCUGCAUUAUAAGUACCUGUAUACAUACUCCUAUCCUGCAAUAUGUGAAAGCUGAACCAUGGAAGUUCAGCCCACAACAGCUCUUUUGUUGAGAGCUGAGCUAUCACAGUUUAGUUUUUACAUCUACCACAGUGUAAAGCAGGCAGUUGCCACAAGUGCCUGAUGAGGCAACCCAAUAUCCCAUUUUACCUCACUGCAACUAACUCGUGUACAAGUACUCCAAGAUGGAAAUCUUUGUUAAAAAGGAAAAAGAGGGAAAGCUUUUACCAGAUUUCUU